AUGACUCCGAUGAUGUCCAUUUGUGAGAUUCCAUCCAAAUUCUGAGUCCGUGAGUCCGGGAGCUCACUCAAUCCUUGUAUUCGGGAGCUCCAGCAUGGCCUCCUCGGCUUCCGCCAUGCGCGCUCACCCCACGGAAUCGGCCCGCCCGCAGGUUCAAAGUGAGCAGGUCCCGGAGGGGGCCGUCGCGGGCGAAGAGAGUUUGGGUCCUUUGCCCAUCAUCGGUUUGGAGCAGCACGGAAUCUCGGCCGGCGACAUCAAGAAAUUGGCCGAGGCCGGUUACAACACCAUCGAAUCCGUGGUGUACGCGCCCAAGAAGAAUCUCCUGACCAUCAAGGGCAUAUCCGAGGCCAAGGCCGAUAAGAUUCUGGCCGAAGGUCAAAAACUCGUGCCCACGGGGUUCACCACGGCCACCGAAAUGCAUCUGCGGCGAUCCCAGAUCAUUCAGGUCACCACGGGUUCCAAGGAAUUGGAUAAAUUGCUCAAUGGCGGGAUCGAAACCGGUUCCAUCACGGAAUUGUUCGGCGAGUUCCGCACGGGCAAGUCUCAGUUGUGUCACACUUUGGCCGUGACGUGUCAGUUGCCCAUUGAUUUGGGCGGGGCCGAGGGAAAAUGUUUGUAUAUUGACACGGAGGGCACGUUCCGCCCCGAGCGAUUAUUAGCCACGGCAGAACGCUAUGGGCUGUGCGGCAAUGAUGUCCUGGACAAUGUGGCCUAUGCUCGGGCCUACAACACGGACCAUCAGUCCCAACUAUUGAUCCAGGCCUCGGCCAUGAUGGCGGAAUCCCGUUAUGCCCUCAUUAUCGUCGAUUCGGCCACGGCCUUGUAUCGGACGGACUUCAGCGGUCGCGGCGAGCUGUCUUCGCGACAAAUGCACUUGGCGCGCUUUUUACGGAUGUUGCUCCGGCUUUCGGAUGAGUUUGGCGUGGCGGUGGUGAUCACCAAUCAGGUAGUGGCCCAAGUGGAUGGGGCGGCCAUGUUUGCGGCCGAUCCCAAGAAGCCCAUUGGGGGCAAUAUCAUGGCUCACGCCUCCACCACCCGAUUGUCUUUCCGGAAAGGCCGUGGCGAGCAACGGAUAUGUAAGAUCUACGAUUCACCCUGUUUGCCGGAGAGUGAAGCCGUGUUUGCCAUUAAUGCGGAUGGCAUUGGGGAUGCCAAGGAUUGAUCCCAAGUCAAUUGUAAAACUAGCCGUUGUUCCUGGGGGAAAGAAGACCCGAUAAUAAUAUAGACGUGAGACGGGCGCCGUUUUGGAACAUUGACGUCUUGAAUGAGUUUUUAACUGGCUGCUGCUGAUGGCCCGUGAUCGGGAAGAAAAGUGUUGAGUCUUCGUAUUUUUUUCUCCAAUGGACAACAAGGAGGGGUCUAUUGAAUAAUGGUGUCGACAAGAUGGAACAUGAUUGUGAUGUUGACCUUAUCAGUGCCUUGUUUUCUGUAGUCAAGUCCCGAUCAAGGGCCAUCAAUUUGGGAUUCCUGCUUUCAAAGCACAAUUUCUUGACUUCCCUGGGUUGUGUCCGUGUGCUACUCAACAAUCGAUCGUUCCUAAAUUGAAGCUCAAGGGUGGAGAUUAACUGAGAAUGCUCUAAAUAAGGUGGACUGUUGCGCCAGAAAACAAAAUAAAUUGAUCAUGAAUUCGAA